UCGCACUGGAUGUCCCGAAUGGUUUUACUUUACAGAUUAGUGUUUUUUCCUUCAUGUUUCUCCCAUAGUUUGGUUUUCAUUGGUUUCAGACAAUUGAGAUGGCUAGUCCCAGUUACCAUCUCAAGUUUGGCAAAGGUGCUGCGGAGUCAGUAGAUCAAUAUUUGGAAUAUAGACGAAUUGUUGGUGAGGACGAUGGCGGUCAUAGUGGUGAGUUAUUAUCACCAGAGCAGUAUGAAGCCUACAAGAAAGAGGUCAUUCCAGCCAGAAUGAAGAAUCGACUAUUUGUGAGUUGGACCUCUCCUAGAGGCUGGGACUGCAAGCUUGUUGGACCAGAAACUCCAUGCUUUUGUCAACAUAGGUACAAGCAGCACAAAACAGACUUCAAGGAGCUACCUACAGAGCGGCCGAUCCUACUACCAUGUCGGGUCAAAGGUUGCAAAUGUAGAUCCUACAAUUACGUCCCCCUGAAUGGAAGUCGUCCACUUCGCUGCCGUUGUAAACACUUCACUGAUGAACACUCCGAAGACCCAAGUCAUGCCUGUAUGAAAUCCAGCUGCAACUGCGUCUCUUUCAAGAGUUCCUUCACUUGUUCCUGUGAGCAGCCGACGUACCUCCAUGAGAUGAUAAUUGAGACCAAGGAAGAGAGACUGGCCAGGGGUCAUCCUGUGGGCCACGACACACCGUACGCAGCUAUGGGCGGCCUGACGGGGUUCAGCUCGCUCGCUGAGGCAUACAUGAGGCUAGAUGACAGCGGAAUAGGUCCAGCCAGUGAGGAGUUCCUUAACCAGCCAAUCACCUCAUCCGAUAAUCCUUUCCUUCGGAUGCAUGCAAACACCUUCAAGGAGCUUGAGGGCCCUGAUAAGAAAGUAGACGCUCUGACCGAGAAGAUGGCAAACUUUAAGAUGACCGGAACCGAUGCAGAUAUGGACUAUUAUGAGAUGAGGUACCAACAGAGGCUAAAAGAAGACAGAAUGAAGAAAAGAAGUGUGCAGCCUAGACCUGUCUCAAAACCAGCACAAGGGGGCGCUGUUUCAGGCAGUGCAAAAGCUAAGCCUGUUAGCGCAAAGACCAGUAGAGGACCAACAAGAAGUGCUGUCAAGAAAUAAGCUGAGAUGUCGGUUGGAAAAAC